ACAUAAUCAUCAGUCUUAUCUAGGGUUAGAGUGUAUGUGUAGAGGGAUGGUAAUCUACAUGAUCUAACGACUUCGUCAACUUAUUCUCGCACAAAACUUGAUCAAAGGAAAAUACAAUUCCACUAUGGGUUUGGCGCUGGCAUUGAUUUAUAUACUUUCAUGUACAUACUCUCUACUUCCGGUCACUGCCAUCAGUCCACCCUCCGUCCCCGAUGACGCAGUAUGGACAUCACCUUCUGAAACGUUCUUGGUUGGGCAGAGUGGUGCAUCGUUAAAGUGCUCGUUUCAAGAGAAUCCCAUUGCUGUUUACUGGUUAAAAGGUGAGUUGCUACAGACUGCAAUGCCGCUUAUCACGUGGUACAGAGGGGAGAUAACCACCCAGAAUGAAGGAUUUGAGUUUGGCCCAGACUUCUCGCUGUUAUUUGAGCAUCCUGGGAUAUCAGAUACCGGAAGAUACUACUGCAGGGUGUCGAAUCAUCAAGGGAUCCUCAGCUCGAACCAUACGGAUCUUACAGUGUUAGUUCAAGAAUCAGAUGAGGUUGACAAAGGUGAAGCCGGACAUCAUUAUCUUCGGGUGACCCAGUGUGGAGGAGACCCGUUUGAUCAGGAUUCACCAUGUAUCAUCAAAGUCCACCCAGACCAGGACAUCCUUGAACUUGAUUGCAUCGUAGAGGGCGCCCACCAACCUGUUCUUCUCACCUGGCAUAAUGCGGGUGCACUCCACAUUUCCCUGAAUACCACAUCUUCCAGCGAGAAAAUACUGGAAGAUGGAAAGUACUUAAAGAAAAUUUCUUUGAGACUGCACACUGAAGAGAUGGAAUCGGAGCGAAAAAGAUUGAUCUGCAUGGCACAAGGUCCCAACGCUACUGAAACCGUAAACGUCACAAUUCAAUUUGAACCAGAAAUACCCGAAGAAGGUCCUUCAACAGUGGGGAUCGUCGUGGGAGUAAUUUUUAUUCUGGCGGUCAUUUCUGCACUUGUUGCUUUUGUCGUCUGGAAAAAACUUAUCAAGAGACCGAGGGAAAAAGCUCAACGGAAAAAUCAAGAAGAACUAGAAAUGCUUGAUAAAACCACUGAAGAAAAACGAAAAAAGGUGUUGGCUUUCAGACCCCAGAACACCACCAAAUCUCCUUCAGGUGGAAGUGAUGAUCGUCCUCCACCCAUACACCUCGGUGUCUUCGGCCUAUCACGAGCUGGAAAGUCUGCCUUCAUCAAUUCUUUAUUCUUUGCUGUUACAGGCAAUUAUUCUUCUCAUAUCGCCGACGAGUCGAACCAAAAAAAUCAGAGGACAAAAUGGAGAGAAGCUAAAACCCUGACUCCUUAUAUAAACAUAUUGGAUAAUAGAGGUCUAAAGAAUUACAACAACGUCAUUUCCGAACCCAUGGAACAGAUUAGAGGAAGGAGAGGACAGAUCCCCCAAAGGACAGUAAAAGAUGGCGAUGUCGUGGAUUGUCCCAUUCUGAUAUGUAAUUUCAGUAAAGAGAGUCGUGAUGAAAAUGCUACGAAGUUUAUCUCGGAUUUUUCAAGAGAAGUUUAUGAGCUAUUAGGUCGACGUUUGGUUGUUGUUUUGACACACAAGGAUGAAUUGGCAAAGGAUGACGAUGGAAUAGAUAAUAUGAGAAACUGGCUUGUCAAAGAGUGUGAAAUACCUCCUGAUCAUGUAUUGAUCGUUGAAAACUACACUCAAGAAAACCAUGAGGAGAACGUUAUAAAGAGUAAUGAACUCUUGGACUUUCUCUUAAUAUGUACGGAUCUAGCCAAACAAAACAUCGCCUUUAGACAGAAGAACGAAGCCCAAAAGGGGUCUUGUAUUAUUUUGUAAGCAUUUUCCCCCUUGUAAGUGAACUUUAAUAAUUGUUAUAAUCCAUCAACAUUUUCGAUUAUUGUUGACAAAUGUAUAUAGGUCUGCACAACAACAACAACAACAACAGCAACAACAAAUACAAAAGGUGGAAAGGGCCAAGGAGUUUCAUUGUUUUCCAUCGUUUUGUAAAAACGUUGUCACCAUGGUCAGGGGUAAUUAAACUCUUCAUAUCCUUUCGUUUUUAGAGUGUAUUUUGUUUUGGUUUGUAUUAUAGAGGUUCGGAGUGGACUGAGGGUUUCAUAAAUGCUCUGCUAUUGUUAUUUUGCUAUUAUUACUUAUGAUAUGAGCAUUAUUCCAAAAUUACCCCCAAAAAUGAACAAGAAAAAUGGAGGAAAAUCUCACAAUAGUGAAAAGUCCUUUUUUCUUUUAAGAUGACAUUGUCUACCCAUCUUUAUCUGUAAAAGAGAGAAUCGAGAGGUUUUUCAACCUUCUGACUGCAUUAUUGUACUUUAUUUGGAAUACUAAUACACACUAUUCCGACGAGUGUUGCUGGAGGGGGGAAGUUUAUUUUGCUGACUUUGUAUUAUACAGUAAAAAAAAUAAAGAGGCGCAUUUGACCUUUGAUGUAAAUAUAUACAAGUUAAAGUCUUUAAGUUUGUUUCACUCUGGGGGUCAGGGGCUGCUUUCUCCUUGCCCUCAACAGAAAAAUAUAUGAUAUGUGUAGUGUCAUGGUCUUAAGUUUUUUUUUCAGAUCAUAAUUAUGUAUUGUUUAAUAUUAUGAAAUGUGAGCCAUAAGAUGGAUUUUUUGUGCAAAGUUUGUUUUGUGUAUAGUUCAAUUAAAUUGAAAAAAUGACAAGUCUUG